GCUGCGAUCAGUUGCCAGUGAGACGCGUAGGUCGCGGCGACGUGGUGAUUGUGUGCAGUUUGUUGUCCGUCUGUCGGGCUCGAUUGUGUCGUCGCCUUCGCGGUCGACGUCGGUCGGUCGGUGCGGUCGGUCGAUCGGUCCGUCAUCGUCAUCAUCGUCGUCAUCGUCGUCGUCGUUUGGUUCGUCGUGUGCGCGAAACAACGAAGUAAAGAUGGCCGCUGACUCGGGAAUGGAGACGUGUCCCUCCCCAGAAAUUGCGGAUUCAAGAAAACGGCCACUAGAUUGCGACGUAGAAAAUGGUGCUACUAAAAGGUCACACUACGGAUCAGACGAGAUGUGGCAUAUUGGAGGAGAUGGCACAUACCAUCUCAAGGUUUUGGUUCCUGGGGUGGCAGCCGGUGCAAUUAUUGGAAAGGGUGGUGAAACAAUUGCCCAGUUACAAAAAGACACGGGUGCGCGUGUGAAAAUGUCCAAGUCCCACGACUUUUACCCAGGAACAACAGAGAGAGUUUGCUUGAUAACAGGCAACGUCGAUGCUAUUAUGGCUGUGAUGGAUUUUAUAAUGGAUAAGAUCCGUGAAAAACCAGACCUCACAUCAAAAACCACCGUUGACUUUGACUCUGGUAAAACGACAGCGGAGAGAGACAAGCAGGUAUUAAAUGUAAAAAUACUAGUGCCAAAUAGCACCGCAGGUAUGAUAAUAGGCAAGGCAGGAAACUAUAUAAAGCAGAUAAAAGAAGAGUCAGGCUCUUAUGUCCAAAUAAGUCAAAAGGCUAAAGACUUGUCUCUUCAAGAACGAUGCAUAACUGUCAUCGGGGAGAAAGAAAAUAAUCGUAAUGCACUUAUCAUGAUUUUGGCUAAAGUGGCAGAUGAUCCGCAGAGCGGAACGUGUUUAAACGUCAGUUAUGCCGACGUUAGCGGCCCCGUAGCUAACUACAAUCCAACCGGCAGUCCCUACGCUCAGGCACCAGCUGGAACACCGACAUAUACUUCUACAGCUAGUCUGAAUACCGUGAGCCUUCUGAACGGCACUGGCCUAAGUCUAAAUUUGAACUUAAGCGCAACUAUGACAGCGGGUACAGUUCCAGUGACUACACAAGUACUGGAGCACGUAAAACUUACAUUACGAAGUACGGGUUUCUCAGAGCCAGCUGCCACUGAAGCUUUCACCGCCAUGGCUACUUUGGCAAAAUAUAAUCUACUAACAAUGAGCAUAGGUAUGCCGUCCAGUGUGAGUUAUUUGGGAACCCCUAUGGACAGUACAACGACCACCAAUGGCUCUAAUAAUAACGGGGGAGUUUUCGGACCGAUCGGCACAGUUCCUGCUCUUGGAUCCACCUCACCUACACCACGAAAUGCAAUUGACAGAUACGAGCCCUUUGAUCCGUUCAGGCAAAAUAAUGCUGCAGCAAAUGCGAUUCCUCUGAACAACAAUUCUUUUGGCUUAGGCACAAAUCAGUUGUCACUUGUAAGUAAGAGUCCUACUCAGAUAGACGCGAACAACAAGGAGACCAAGAAGGUCGAUAUAGAAAUUGCUGAGGUUAUAGUUGGAGCCAUUUUGGGGCCCGGCGGUCGUUCUCUCAUCGAGAUCCAGCACCUGAGCGGAGCCAACAUUCAAAUAUCAAAGAAGGGAAUGUUUGCACCUGGAACAAGAAAUCGUAUUGUUACCAUCACAGGUUUUCCUCAUGCAAUUGGCACCGCUCAGUACCUGAUCGAACAACGAAUCAGCGAAGAGGAAGCAAAACGAGCGCGUCAUAACGCUAUUGCCGGAAUGAUUCAUUGAUCAUAUUAUAUGCACUCAAGACACGCAUCCCCAUUAUCGAAAUCUGUUCCUCUAUAGUUUAAACUAUUCAGAGCAGCUCACUUUUUUCUUCUUUGAUGAUAUGUAUGUAUAUACAUAGUAUGUAUAUGUAUUGACUCAUCCACCCAAAACUAUCUACCAACCGUUGUCACCUGUCGUCACUCCCCACAUCACACAUUACACACAGAUUACGCGCACGCAUCAUCUCGCCUCUUCUCGUCUAUCCAUGCACUAAUCACGGCUCGUUGACAUUUAUCUAUCUUUAAGAUUCUUACAUUAUAAAUGUUAUAUAAUACAAAAUAAUAUAAUAUAUGAUAUGGUAUAAUAUAUGUAAAUAUAUAUAUUUAUAUAUAUAUAUAUCUACAUACCAGAUAUGAAUGUAUGUAUAUGUACAUACAUAUAUGAUAUAAUAUAUUUAAUAUACAUAUAUACAUAUGACUACUACAAUUGUUCUGUGAUACACCACGUUACGGGGCUUUGUCACAUAUAUUACACUUACACUACAUCACAGCCAUAUAGUUACACUUGGUAGUGUCGUUAGAGGAAAUAUUCACGAAGGCCAUGAUCGAGUUUCAGACGGUCAACCAUACCCAUAUUCUUGUAGACAUAGGAGCUGUCGUAAAGUUCCCUCUGUUAUUAACAGAUUGAUCGAAUCACUAUUCAAUGAUCAAAACAAAACUUAGGAUGCAUUCAUUAUUUUAUUGCAUCAAAUUUCAAGUAUCUUCAAAAUUCCAAUCGUUAAAAUUCAUAUAGAAUAUUCACGUUUCCAUGAUAUCGCGUUAGUUUAAAGUUUUUCUGUCGUGUUAUUCUCUUUUUUACUAAUUCUCAUGGUACUUUGUUGGUGAAACACGAAUUACCCUGACGAGAUCAAACGUUCGACCGUAUAAUUUUUGCCAAAUUGGUACCGUCAAAUAAGACAAUAAAAGUUUUUCAUCACCUGUUGUCGUACAGGAGCACAAUACAAAAAAAAAAUCUCUUCAGAUUGCUGAUUCCAAUGUAACAAUAUGGAUAAAAAUAUCAAAGCGAAUUUUACAAUUCUUCAAUUGAAGCAAUCACAGAUUGCUGCUACUUUAGAAGUAGCAUAAUAUUGGCGACCUACGUUUUGGUCUGAUCAUUCCUCGUUCCGAGGUAUUAAACUGGUUAAAUUACUCACUAUCGACUGCUCUCUGAUUUGCUACCCUAUUGAUGAAAGACAGACAAGCAUCUCGAAGAGACAAACCAAGCAAUUUGCUUCUCAAAAUUUUCGUUGGUGUGUUGCAAACUUUGUAUCAACGGUAAAAUUAAUUUUGAAUAGAAUUCACGUGGUACAGUUUACUUGAUAUUUUUGAUAGAGAUUUGUUGUUUCUGUGAAAAAUAAUUGUUGCAUAAUACAUAUUUGUACAGUUUCUUUUUGAAAAUUCAUGUUAAAACGAGCGAAUAUUCAUUAAUGUCAAAGGGUUUUUGUCCAAUGAAUAUUACACUUUCCAAACUGACGAUGAUGACGAUGAUACUUGCCAAUCAAUAUUAUUCAUUGUUGCGAUAUGAAUAAGAAUUAUUCAUAUGCGCAUAAAGAAUAAAUACAUGUUAUCCGAUUCAUGAUCAACGUAUUUGACAAUGUUGGAAAUUAGGCAAGGGUGACUUUAAUCAAGUGGCAAAUGAUAGUCGGUAAAUUAACAUUGAUGUGAAAAACGUUUACAUUUCGAUUAUAUUAAUAUAGAUAUGUACUAAAGUACAAUUCAUGGCUGUAGGCGCUGGCUCACUGCACUUUAUGGUAAUGACUUGUAUAUUUAUAAAUAUUGCAUACAUUAUGAAUUAUAUUACAUGUAACAGAGAAAAAGAGAAAGAUAGCGAGCGAGAGAAAGAACGA